GGAGACAAAAGGGGCCGCAGCGGCCGGAGCGGGACGGGCCCGGCGCGGGAGGGAGCGAAGCAGUGCGGGCAGCGAGCGAGAUGCAGCACCGAGCUUUCCUCCUCUUCGCUCUCCUCGCCCUACUGGCGCUCACUUCCGCGGUGGCCAAAAACAAAGACAAGGUGAAGAAGGGAGGACCGGGGAACGAGUGCGCUGAGUGGACCUGGGGUCCCUGCACCCCUAGCAGCAAGGACUGCGGCGUGGGUUUCCGCGAGGGCACCUGCGGGGCCCAGACUCAGCGCAUCCGGUGCAGAGUGCCCUGCAACUGGAAGAAGGAGUUCGGAGCCGACUGCAAGUACAAGUUUGAGAGCUGGGGUGCAUGUGAUGGGGGCACAGGCACCAAAGCCCGCCAAGGCACCCUGAAGAAGGCGCGGUAUAAUGCCCAGUGCCAGGAGACCAUCCUUGUGAUGAAGCCCUGCACCCCCAAGACCAAAGCCAAGGCCAAAGCCAAAAAAGGGAAAGGAAAGGACUAGAGGCCAGGCCGGGAUGCCAAGAAGCCCCUGGCUUUACCCUCCCAAAGGCCCAAGAUAUAACCCACCAGUGCCUUUUUUCUACUCAUGAGCUUUAUCAAUCACACUUGCCUCUUCCCCUUCACUCCUCCACCCCCACCCCCCAAGCACCCGGCAUAGGGUGGGACAAAGGAUUCUGGGAAGCUUGGGCUGCCUCCCAAAAGUAUUUGUCUCCCCUCUCCCCUACCCCUUUGUUUUUCCCCACAAUGACGCCAUUACUAAGAAACAAAAAAAAUAAACCACUUUUUUUCCCCCAAUAAAA